AAGCUCAUUUCUUCCUUGACAAAAAAAAAAAAAAAAAAAACCUCGCUUUGUCCUUCACUUUCUCGGCAUCCAAACACACUACUAGUAGAGAAAGAAAAGUUUUGAAGAUGUGGACUCAUCCGUACAGGAAGAAUGACGUGGAGGUCGGAGCAAGGCCGCUGUAUCCAAUGAUGCUCGAAAGCCCGCAGCUCCGGUGGGCCUUCAUUAGGAAAGUGUAUUCAAUCUUGGCUUUUCAGUUACUUUUAACAAUCGCAGUGGCAGCCGUCGUUGUUUCUGUCCGGCCGAUUGCUGUGUUCUUUUCGACCACUGUGGCUGGGUUGGGAGUUUAUAUACUGCUUAUUCUCAUGCCCCUUUUUACUUUGUUGCCUUUGUAUUACUAUCACCAGAAGCAUCCAGUGAAUUACAUUCUGCUUGGGAUUUUUACCAUUUGUCUCGCCUUCGCUGUUGGCUUAACUUGUGCCUACACUGAAGGAAAGGUGAUUCUGGAGUCUGUGAUUCUGACAACUGUGGUAGUUGUCAGUCUCACCCUGUACACAUUCUGGGCAGCUAGGAGAGGCCAUGAUUUCAACUUCCUCGGCCCCUUCUUGUUUGGGGCAAUCAUGGUCCUUAUGGUAUUUUCUUUGAUCCAGAUUUUAUUUCCACUGGGUAGAAUCUCUGUGAUGAUUUAUGGGUGCUUGGCUUCAAUCAUAUUCUGCGGAUACAUCAUAUAUGAUACAGACAACCUGAUCAAGCGGCACACUUAUGAUGAAUACAUUUGGGCGGCAGUGAGUUUGUAUCUGGACAUCAUUAAUCUCUUCCUCUCACUGCUAACCAUCUUCAGAGCCGCUGAUACCUAAGAUCACUGUCCAGUUUUUGAACCUAAGAUCAUUUCUCAGCUUUGUCUCUCACGCGCAUUCAUUGAAAUCAAAUUGAUAAUCCUGUAAAAAGCAACUCUCUAAUAUACUAUUUUCUUCCCUCUUUUCUCUUUUC